AUGAACCAACAAAACCCAAAUAUACCAACUGGUCAGCCGAAUCAGCUCGGACAACCAAACCAGCAACAAAACCCACUUAAUUUGAACCUUCAAAACGAAGUACCUAACGCUAACUGGAGAGAAGAACUGAGUGUACAAGACAGAGCUCGUUUUGUAUCUCAACUAGGUAAUGCACUUAAACAUUUAUCACCUGCAACUUCGGACGCUGAUAUAUUUGCUGCUGCCAAAAAUUUCGAAUUGACUCUUUAUACAAGAAGUACAAGCAAGAAUCAAUACAUAUUGGCGUAUGCGAGAAAGUUUCAUCAGAUCAAAUUCCAACUUCAGAGUCAAAAUGGUGGAACACCUAUGCUGAACGAUAGUCAGUUGCAACUUAAUUUGAAUACGUUGAACAGUGGACAGCAAAUGUCACCAUUAUUGCAACAACAACAACAACAGCAACAGCAGCAACAACAACAACAACAGCAGCAACAGCAGCAGCAACAGCAACAACAGACGGCUUCUCCUCAAGUGCAACCAAUUCAACAGUUGCAAAAUCUUUCAUCUUCCCCACUCAAUCUGACUCAACCUCAACCUCAACAACAGCAACAACAAUCACAAAACAAUCAAAACCAGAUACGUCCCAACAUGUUUCAGCAAAACAUGAUGCAAGCAAGGCCUCCACAACAACCUCAGCAACAAGUUAAUCAAGGCAUGACACCUCAACAACCACAAGCACAAAACCAACAACAAGCUCAACUCCAGUUAUUGCAAAGAACAGCUGCUCAAGCUAUGGCCGCUGCUGCUGCUGCAGGAAACAACAAUACGAAUGGAAACACAGCUGCUCAAAUGGCUGCGAAUGUCAAUGUACUUCAGCAGCAACAAAUUCCAUUAAACGUCUUGCAAAACUUGAACAUGGGCAAUGUGAAUCAAGCUGCCAUGACUAUGUCUCCUCGUCAGUUUCAAAUGUAUCUUGCUCGUCAGAUUGCCAUGCAUCAAAAUAAUCCUCAGCAAAGUCAAGAUCCCUCUGUCCUCAUGAACAAUCAAGCAUACCGUCCUCCUGUUUCUGGCGUCAAUGCUACAAGUUCUCCUAUGCAAGUAAAUAACUUUCCAGGUGGUCAGCAACAACAACAGCAAUUGAAUCCUGAAUUGCUUAUGCAACAUUUACAAGCUCAACAGGCUCGUGCACAUCAGCAACAGCAGCAACAGCAACAAAUGGCUCAGCAACAACCUCAACAACAAGCACAAUCACAAGCCCAAUCACAAAAUCAGCAAAAUCAACAGCAACAACAGGCUCAAGCUCAAGUUGCUGCACAAGCGCAACAGGAAGCUCAACAACAAGCUCAAGCACAAGCUCAGCAGUUGGCUGCUCAACAACAAUUGGCUCAACAACAACAACAACAAGCUCAACAGCAAUUAGCUGCUCAACAGGCUCAACAAUUAGCUGCUCAACAGCAACAACAACAACAACAAGCUCCUCCACAACAGCAGCAGCAACAACAACAAGCACCACCACAGCAACAACAACAACAGCAACAACCUCCACAAUCCCAAACACCACAAAAUGGAGCUCAACCGGUUGCAGGCUCAGGACGUGCCAUUAGUUUUCAACAACGAGCUGCUGCUGCAGAGAUUGUUCGACAAAUAGAUGAGAGCAUUCGCUCAUCAAGAGUCCAUGCCAAUCCUAUUGAAGGCUUAUCUGAACAAGAAAAGGCAGCUAUUAGAGAACACACUGCUUUGAUGAAACCAAUGUAUGAUAAGAUUGACAAUUUACUGCCUGUUUUCUUGGCCCUUACAUCCAAUAUGGAAGCUACUCGACGCUUGAUUUUAAUGAAGUAUAUGUUUGAAGAUCAAUUAUCGAUGUUGGGACAGAACAAAUAUGUGAUUACUUUAGAGCAUCUGACAAAGCUGAAAGAACAGUUUAGUGGCUAUUUCUCAUGGGUGAGAAAUGCUGUUGGAGCCCCUCAGCAGCAGCAACAAGGUGCUUCUUCACAAGAUCAACAACAACAGCAGCAGCAGCAACAAGCCAGUGCAUCCGAUAUGUCUCAACAGCCUCAAAAUUUACAACAGCAGCAACAGCAACAAUUACAUCCGCAACAGCAGCCUACUCAGCAACAACAACAACCUCUACAGCCAUUGUCUGCUCAAGUACAGCAGCAACAGCUCGCUCAACAAAAGGCACAGCAACUUGCUCAACAACAAGCACAGGCUAUUACUCAAGCACAACAACAAUUGCGUCAAAAUACCUCACAACAGCAACCACAGCAACCUAAUCGUAACCAGGUACCUCAACAUAUGGAUAUCACUUUGACUCAUCCCAAUUCUUCCAACAACACACCUACAUUGCAGAACACGCAACCGAAUAUGAAGCGACCUAGCAUUGAUCUUAAAUUACCGCCGAGUAAAAAACAGAGAGCAGCGAAUCAAUCGCCUGCAAUGGCAGCAGCUUCUCCUGUUGCAGCAAGUACGCCUCAAAAAUCAUCGCCUGUACAAAAUAGAGCUUCACCCAACAAUAUACCAAGUCCUGCCAACAUGGUUGAUUUAACACAUGGCUCAGCAUCUCCUCAGGCCAUCGUUCCUGAAGAACAGGCCCAUCCAGAGCCCAUGGCCAAUGCAGCAGCCAUGACAGCAACCGCACAAGCAGGCAUGUCUCUUAAUCAACGUCAAGCGCAAUCUCAAAUGAUUUAUCAGGCUGCUAUCGCAAGUGGUUUGUCACCUGCCAUUGUCAAUUUAUUGCCUCCACGUGCUUUGCAGUGCAGUUGGUUGUUGCAGCAGGCUGCACAUAAUCGUAUUACUUUGACGCCACAACAACAGCAACAAAUCCGGGCCAUGUUGAAUGAACGUGUAGAAGCUGCAAAACAACAAUUAGCCAGACAGGAGCAACCACAACAUUCUGAUGCUAUACAUUCUCAAAUCAAGACAGAAAUGAAUGAAAAGCCUGCCAAUAAUGCUUCACAACAAGCUGCUCAGAUGAUGCAAUUGUUACAACAACAGCAACAGCAGCAGCAGCAAAUGCAGCAAAUGCAACAAAUGCAAUUACAGCAGCAACAACAGCAACAACACAUCCAGUCCAUGGCAGUACCACAAUCACAGCAGCAACCACAGCAGCCACAACAACCACAGCAACCACAGCAACCACAGCAACCACAACCACAGCAGCAGCAGCAGGCUCAAUUAUUACAACUUCAAUUACAACAACAGCAGCAGCAGCAACAGCAACAACAACAACAACAACAACCUGUUCACAUUCAACAAGUUCAGCAGUCUUCUCCUCGUCGUACGACUACAAUGACUACAUUACGUCCAGGCAUGGGACCUGAUGAUAAGGUAGCUAACACUAUGAUGUACGUAAAUGAUGUCUUGAAAGACGUGGCUGCUAUUCUGGCUAUAGCCGAUCAACCCAAAGAACCUGAGCGUCCAAUGCAAGUCAUUAGAGAAGAAGGAUCUCGAACUGCUUUGUUAUUUGAGCCUUAUACGCUUAAUAUGGAGAGUGAAGAUGAUGAUGAGAAAAAUCUUUCUGAAAAGGAUGUGAUGGAUCGAUGGUAUGAAGUUGGUAUGGAGACAGGUGUACCCCGUUUGAAUGAAAUCAUGACAGGUUUUUAUUGGAAUGAUAAUGAAUGUGAGCAAGAAAAGUCCAUUUUCGUGACCAAAGAAGAGCAAGUCAUGUAA